AUGCCUACCACCAGACGAGCAGCAGCGGCCGCCCGGGGUCGUCCCGGCCCCGCCAAGGGACAGUCAACAAUCAGCUUCACGGGCAGAGUUACAAAGGCUGUGCCAAAAGAUCUGAAGAAGGCGGUGACAGACACUCCCGCGAUUGCUAAGACUACCAUCCCGGAGAGGCCAGCAUCAAAGGGCGCAGUAACCAAGGAGGAAGAGGAGGAAAAAGUCGUCGAUGUUGUCGCAGACGAGCCUGAAGUCCACGAGGAGUCGGAGGCGGAGGCGGAAGUAGAACCUGUUACCGAAAAAGCCCCAGAGAAAACGGAAGCAGAGCUCAAGGCAGAGAAGAUUACGGAUGCUCAGAUCAAGUCGUACUGGAAAGCGAUUGAGAAGGUGCGCAAGGCGCCUCGAGUGCACCAGGAGGACCUUGACUUGGGCGAGAAAGUACUGCGAUACUUUGAUGUGAGCUCGCAGUAUGGUCCUUGUAUCGGAAUCACUCGCGUGAAGCGAUGGCAGCGAGCUGAGCGUCUUGGCAUGAAGCCCCCGAUUGAAGUUUUGGCGGUUCUUUUGAAAGAGGAGAACAAGGAGAAUGACGAAGUUGAGACUGCGCACAUGGAUCGGAUAAUGAAUGCCACGGCUUUGUCCACAUAA